GGGUAACCACAAAAGUCAUUUCUAUUCUUGUGUCAUCUGUACUAAUAUUUACAAGACAGACAUUCUUUGGGGUCUGCUUCAUAGAAAUAUCGCCAGCCUUUCUUCCAAUCCUGGUACUGGGUGAAGCUAGAGGCAGAAGAGACAUCUUGCCAGAGUUUAUGCCAUGAAGAAAAAAAUCAAGGCAUCGCAUGAUUCCUUUGGCAAGUCGACUGCAAAAGAGCAGAGAUGAAGUCUAAUAUGAAGUUAAGGGGCUGAGACUCAGGAAAUUACGUUUUCAAUUUUAAAAUCAUCACACCGCGAAGCCACAGAAGUCAAGGACGCGGAGUUGAUCCUAAAAUCACAAUGAAGAGAUUCCAGAAUUCAAACAGCAGAAACAGCCCGAGAUCACACAGGGAAAGGCUUCAGAGUGUUUUCUUUAGGACGUAAUUUCUCUUGUCUACAAAUUCGGAAAACAGGGAACAUCGGGACCUACGAGGAGAGAGAACACAUGGCCACAGAUGUCUUCAAUUCCAAAAACCUGGCCGUGCAGGCACAAAAGAAGAUCUUGGGGAAGAUGGUGUCCAAAUCCAUCGCCACCACCCUCAUCGAUGACACAAGCAGCGAGGUGCUAGACGAGCUCUAUCGAGUGACCAAGGAGUACACCCAGAACAAGAAGGAGGCAGAGAAGAUCAUUAAGAACCUCAUCAAGACAGUCAUCAAGCUGGCCAUCCUUUACAGGAAUAACCAGUUCAACCAAGACGAGCUGGCGCUGAUGGAGAAAUUCAAGAAGAAAGUUCACCAGCUGGCCAUGACCGUGGUCAGCUUCCACCAGGUGGAGUACACCUUUGACCGGAACGUGUUAUCCCGUCUGCUCAACGAGUGCAGAGAGAUGCUUCACCAGAUCAUCCAGCGUCAUCUCACGGCCAAGUCGCACGGACGGGUUAAUAACGUCUUUGACCAUUUCUCAGAUUGUGAUUUCUUAGCGGCCUUAUAUAACCCCUUUGGGAAUUUUAAGCCCCACUUACAAAAACUCUGCGAUGGUGUCAACAAAAUGCUGGACGAGGAGAACAUCUGAUCAUGUGCAUUAAGACUGGGACUGCUCAUGAUUUCUUUGAAAACGGAGCACUGCUGAUUUAUGAAGGAAAAACGAAUUUUUUUAAAGGUGACCUAUGUUUCCGAAAGACUGGUGCCCAGCUCAGGCAUCCGACGUUGUCAGUAAUGUUUUAUGCAGCUUGUUUUAUUUGAAGAAAAGCAGAUUGCCAAAAACUCUGGUGAAACGCUCCCUCCCUAACAGUUCGCAGAUCGUGGGAAGGGUGUCUCUGGUCGUGUGAUGCAAAUAGAGAGUUGUACAAAGAAAAAUGUGGAUGGCUCCAAACUGCAAGAGUUGGUUUUUU